UGGGCUGCAGUACUACAGCUUACCACUCUGCGCCACGGAGCUCUAAUAAACCCAGUGUCCAGUAAUAAAAAUAAUUCAGGACGUAGAAGCCUCAUCUGUUUUCCUUGUUGUGGCCUUCCAAAGGGACUUUGCAGUGAAGUCAGGAGAUCUUUUGGAAUUCUUGGCUCUGCAGCCAAGAUGGGAACGCUAAACCUAACUGAGCCUGAAGAGGAACAAGCCCCUGAGGCCAUCCAGGCUAGAAGCGGAGAGAAAUCCUGGGAAAGAUUUGUGGGAAAGAUCCUGGCUGAAGAUAUCACCAGCUGGGACAUACCGUGCCAGCGCUUCCGGAAGUUGUGCUACCAGGCGGCUGAGGGUCCCCGAGAGGUUUGCAGCCAGCUCCACCAUCUUUGCCGGCAGUGGCUGAAGCCAGAAAGGCACACCAAGAGGGAGAUCUUGGACCUGGUGGUCCAGGAGCAGUUAUUUGCUGUUCUACCCCCAGAGAUGGAGAGCUGGGUCAGGGAAUGCAGACCCCACACCAGUUCCCAGGCGGUGGCCGUGGCAGAAGGCUUCCUCCUGACCCAGGCAGAGGCUAAGAUGCAGGAAGAGCAGGGACUGUCUGAAGGGGAUUUUCCCAAGGCAGAGAAGGCACCGUCGGAUACGAGGCAGAAGGUGAUCUUCUUCGCGACUACGGUGGGGAAUGAUGGAGACGGCACAUCCCUCGGACGUGGGAGCCCCACCUCUCUUUCCCAUUGUGUCCUUCGGAAAGGACUUGGCAGUGGAGCAAGAAGAUCUCUCGGCCUUUUUAGCUGUGGAACCAAGAUGGGAAUGCUAAACUCGCCCAGUCCUGAAGCAGAAAGAGGCCCUGAAACCAUGCAGGCUGGGAGCAGCUGGGAAUUCUGGGAAAGAUCUGGGCGGGAGACCCUGAGUGAAGAUGCCACCAUCUCAAAUAGAGAGCGCCUGCACUUCAGGCGCUUCCAAUACCAGGAUGCUGAGGGGCCCCGGGAGGUUUGCAGCCAGCUCCACCAUCUUUGUUGCCAGUGGCUGAAGCCAGAAAGGCACACCAAGAAAGAAAUCUUGGACCUGGUGGUCUUGGAGCAGUUCUUGGCCGUCCUGCCCCCAGAGAUGGAGAGCUGGGUCAGGGAAUGUGGACCGGAGACCAGUUUCCAAGCGGUGGCCCUGGCAGAAGGCUUCCUCCUGAGCCAGGCAGAGAUCAGGAAGCAGGGAGAGCAGAGGUGGUCAGAAGGAGCUGCUGAUUUCUAUGAGCCGGAGAAGGCGCCGUCUGAUCCAAGGCAGCUCCUCUGGGGGACCACACAGGGGAGUGGCGGAGAUGCUGCCUCGCUGGGUGAUGGAAGGACACUGAUGGGUGGUUCUGGACCUUUCAGCUUUUGUGAUAGACUGGAAGCAGCCUCUGAGCUACCAGAUCAGGGCCCGGUGACUCUAGAGGAGGUGUCUGUCUGUUUCACCGUGGAGGAGUGGGCUUUGCUGGAUCCAGAUCAAAGGGCUUUGCACAGGGAAGUCAUGAUGGAGAAUCGCAGGAAUCUCUUCUCUCUCGCUCAAGAAUGGAAGAGAAAGGGAGAAGAGCAGAAAAGGGGAACGGAAGCAAUACUGAAGAAGAGGAAGAAAUCCAUUGCUUCUGAAGGUGCUGGUUUCCAUGAAAUUGUAGUCCAUGCAGAAAGUCACAAAGGAAGCAAAAAGAUUUUCACUCAGUGUGCCAAUAUCUCAACUGAAAAAUCAAGCCUUAGCUCACAUCAAAGAAUUCAAAAUCAGGAAAAUCUCUUGAAGGAAUCAGAGUGUAGGAAGAGCUUUGGGCUGAGCAAAAACCUUUUACGUGAAAGUCAGUAUACUCAGGAGGUACCACAUGGAGGUUCACCAAAUAGAAAAGGCCUCAAAAGGAAGAACCACCUCAUUCAUUAUCAGACAAAGCACACAGUAGAGAGGCCAUAUAAGUGUUCUGAAUGUGGAAAGAACUUCACAGACCGCUCAAAUCUUUCUUCCCACCAAAGAAUCCACACAGGGGAGAAACCAUAUAAAUGUUUAGAGUGUGGAAAAACUUUCAAGGAUGGCUCAGGCCUUAUUUAUCAUCAAAGAAUCCAUAGAGGGGAGAAACCAUAUAUGUGCUCCGAGUGCGGAAAGGGCUUCAGUCAGAGUGGUCACCUUACCUACCACCACAGAAUCCACACAGGGGAAAAAUCAUAUAAAUGCUCUGAAUGUGGGAAGAGCUUCACCGACUGCUCAAACCUUUCUUCCCAUCAAAGAAUCCACACGGGGGAGAAACCAUAUAAAUGCUUAGAGUGUGGAAAGACUUUUAAGGAUGCCUCAGGCCUUACUUACCAUCAAAGAAUCCACAAGGGAGAGAAACCGUAUGUGUGCUCAGAGUGUGGAAAAGGCUUCAGCCAGAAAGGCAACCUUACUAGUCAUCACAGAAUCCACACAGGAGAGAAACCACAUAAAUGCUCAGAGUGUGGAAAGAGUUUCCAGAAGAAGACCAGCCUUAUCGCCCAUCACAGAAUCCACACUGGGGAGAAACCAUAUCAGUGCUCAGAAUGUGGGAAGAGCUUUACUGCCCAUUCAAGCCUUAUUUGCCAUCUAAGAAUCCACACAGGGGAGAAACCAUAUAAAUGCUUGGAGUGUGGGAAGACUUUCAAGGACAGCUCAGGCCUUACUUACCACCAGAGAGUCCACACAGGGGAGAAACCGUAUGAAUGCUUAGAGUGCGGAAAGACUUUCAAGGAUGGCUCAGGACUGACUUACCAUAAAAGAAUUCACACAAGGGACAAACCGUAUGUUUGUUUAGAGUGUGGAAAAACUUUCAAGGAUGGCUCAGGUCUUACUUGCCAUCUAAGAAUCCACACAGGGGAGAAACCAUAUAAAUGCUUACAGUGUGGAAAGACUUUCAAGGAUGGCUCUAGCCUUACCUACCACCAGAGAAUCCACACAGGGGAGAAACCAUAUAUAUGCUUAGAGUGUGGAAAAUCUUUCAAGGAUGGCUCUAGCCUCACUUACCACCAAAGAAUCCACACAGGUGAAAAACCAUAUACAUGUUUUGAAUGUGGAAAGAGCUUCAUUCACAAGGGCCACCUUACCACCCAUCAACGAACCCACACAGGGGAAAAACCAUAUAAAUGCUCAGAAUGUGGAAAAACCUUUACUGCCCAUUCAAGCUUUACACGCCAUCAAAGAAUCCACACAGGGGAGAAACCAUAUAAAUGUGCAGAAUGUGGAAAGAGCUUUCUUACCCAUUCAAGCCUUACUUUCCAUCAAAGAAAACACACAAGGGGAGGAGCCUAAAAUGCUCAAAGUCUGGAAACAACCUUGGUCAUAAAUGUGCUCAAACUAUCCAUUGAAGAACAUGCAUGGGGAAAACCGUAUAAGUAUUUCAGAUGUGGGGUGCGCGUCAAUCAGAACAUGCUCCGUACAUCCUAUUAAAUACCUUGUCAGUUACAACCCCUUGACAUUUCAGGGGAUUGGAAAGAGCUUUUUUUUGGAAAUCAAAAUUUAGCAGAUAUCAAAUAAGUCACCUAGGGUGAAAAAUGUAUAAACAGAGGGUGGAAAGAGCUUCAGAUAGCACAUGUCUUUUGACACAUCAAAGAAUCCAAAUAAGAGAGAAACAAUAUACAUGGCCUGAGCUUCCAGUAUAGGAGUGCUGAUUAUGAAGAAUCCUAACAUCUCUGCCAUUAUCUUCUUUGACAAGGAUAGGGGAGGUCUUGGUGCCUCCUCAUCCCUCAUAACCAAUUAGUUAAACGGACCGGAAACUACUGACUAAUCAUUUCAUCUAGCAUAAGCUUUAUCAGAUAUUGUUAGUUUUCAGUAGACUCCUCUUCAUUUUUGAUACAAGAGACUAAGAGAAUUGAUUACCCUUCUGGAAUAAUUUUGCUAAAUGACUCCCCAUCCAUUCUGGUUCCAGUGCCAUAUUAUAUACAUUGGUAGAGCGGGUUUAUCACACCCACAUGCACAGCAACUGUUUGUCUGAAUUUGAUGGAUGCUUUUCACUUUGUGCAAUUUAAGGGUGGGAGCAGCAUCUUAGGGGGAGUGAGACUGCAGUAUUUUGAUCUUUUCUGGCUCUUUAAUUGGGCCAGAAGGAAACUGGCCCUGUGGAGAGCAGAAGUUGCAAAACGCCUCCUUGAGAAAAGUCCCUGCAGCCAUCAAGGAAGCUGUGAUUAAGAAGUCUUAUUAAGAAGUCUUCUCUUAUUAAGAAGUCUUCUCUUGACACCUCUGAUAAAGCAGAAAAUCAAAUACUAAAAAGGAAGUCAUGCACUGGAACAAAAAUCAUCUUUACCCUCCUCAGACCUCAAGUAUUUAAUUCAGUGGAGCUCAGCUUCUUAGAGAGGAAGGAAAUGCAGGGUGGAGCAUUAACAGAGAGCUGCUACAGCAUAGUGCUUAACUGGUUGGGCUGCGAAUCAGCACUCUGCUGGUUCGACUUCCACUACUGCCAUGAGCUCAGCAGGUGGCCUUGGGUAAGCAAAUCCUCUCAGCCCCAGCUCCCCAGUUGUAUUUUGUGGAUAACAACACUGACUUUGUUCACUGCUUUGAGUGUGGCACUAAACUGCCUAGAAGAGCGGUAUAUAAGCACAGUUAUUUUUAGCAGUAUUGGUAUUACUCACUUUCCUACCUCUCACCCUCUCUUCUCCAAUCUCUGCAAAAUGGGCUUUGCACUUGCUCUGGGACAAAGGCUGAUUUCCUACCACAGGAUCAGGGCAGUAAAAGGGCACUGAUCUUUCUAAGGAGGCAGCAAGGUAGAGCAAGGAUGAAAGAAAUUGCUGGGGGAUCUUGAUUGACAAAGGAGGGAGAUUCUCUCAACACAGAUGUUUGCACAGGAGAGGCAAAAGUCCAGUGACUCCUUAAAGACUAACAACCUUUGUUUCAAUGUGAGAUUUUCUGAGUCACUCCCCAGUUCUUCAGCUACGUGAAGGGGAGAUUAAAUGGGGAAUUCUUAUGGGGAAGAUUUCGAGGGAGAGAGGAGCUAAGGCAGAGAGGUUUGAACCUCUCAAGUGGCUCUGUGUAAGGGGAUGUUGUGGGUUGGUGUCAUGUAAGAAUUUAUUGCUUUAUCCCUUCCUACACUCUCCCCUUCUGCUUCCUUUGUCCAUGGAGCAGACAAGGGUCUUUACUGGGUGCCAUCACUCUGGUCUGGGAGUUCAACUAGAGAAUACCUAGAGCACACACCCCCUUUCCCUUCACCCUUCCUAAUACCUCUCUGCUGGUGAGGGCAUUGCCAGGUGACCAGCUUGAGGCACGAGGAGCCCAAUAAAGUAAGCAAACAGUGUUAUUAAACUGGGGCAAUCACUAAAGAAGUGGGAAAAGAAACGCCUGUGAGAAACAGUUAACAAUCAGGGCAAAAUUAACACAGAAAGGAGCCAGCAAGAACACAACAAAGCCUUGUAACAUGGCUGCCUGACUGGUCCCUACAAUGUGUGGCCAUUGGUGGGUCCAGCCCACCCUCUCCUGCCCCUAACUGCUUCUCUGCCUUGCAGCUCUUGAGGGAAUUAUUACUCAUUACUUUUCGCAUGGCCCAGCUUCCUCAGUGAGGACCGGCCUUCCUUUCCCCUCCAUUUCCCCUUACUCCUGUCUUUUAGCUGUGAAGGAUCCCAGGAAAUGCAGGCCUGCAGAGGAAUUGGCAGCUUGGCCUAUUGGAAAUUUACUGGAAGGCCUCAGGCUUCCAUGGGGCCUACAGGCCCAGGAUCAUGACAGGGGGAAAGAGAAGCUGAGGUAGAAAGGAUGGGUGUGAAUCCAGAUGUAAAUCUCCCAAAGGGUAAAUUCUUUGUAAGGGACUGAAACAAUCAGCAGUUACUCAAAAUGGAUGACAAGGUAUAUACCUUGUCUAUUAUGUGUCAUGUUUUGAUGUGGUGAACUAUUCAAAUUGGUAAGGAUGUGCAUUGAAAAAAAUUCAUUUUCGUUUCAAAUCUGGGAUUUCCGAACCAACUCUGUUCCAUUAUUGCAGGGCGGGGGGUACGGCAUUCCUGGUACAGAUUUAAUGUGUUUGGUUUUUUGAUCAUUGUGUGUUUCAUCCAUGUUCUUUGUAAUGAGGAUUUUCCAGGCUCUUCGGAGCAGCUCUUUUUGCAGUUAAUGGCACUGAAAUUGCAGAGAAUACAGCCCUCUCUCAAAACCAUCGACCCACUGAACAUACUCAACAAUGGGGUCCAGUGUUUAUGAACCCCGAAGAAUGCUUGGGGAAAGGUGAGCUGAGUUUUGAGCGGCUGUAUAUGCACUCACUGCUCUAAGCUACUUGAUGCUAACCCUGGUAACCUUGACUCUACUGAAUAGUCUCACCAGUUUCUAAAGAAUGUAAUGUUUGUCCCUCUUCGGUACUGGAAGAAAUUAAAAGUGAUAGGACAGCUGGAAGACGAAACCGAUCAAUGACAGCAAGAAGGAAGAUGUGAAAGCAACUUCCCUUCUGAGUGACUAACAAAGGUCCGUUAUCCAGGUUUUGACGUCAAUUCUGUUCUGAAGUCCCUUCACUGGUUGUCUGUCAGUUUCCAGGUCUGAUUCAAGAUGCUGAUUUGCCUUUAAAGCCCUUGGUGGCUUGGGCCCACGUACUUGAAAAACUGCCUCUCCGUGCAUGUUCCCCUGUAGCAGCUCCAUUCUUUUCAGCAAGUUGGUUUCUCCAUUGUGUAAGGCACUUUCUACCAUGGUCCAGUCACAGGCUUUUUCAGUGGUUUCCCCAUGACUGCCGGAAAGACGUCAUGAGGACUCCUACCGUCUGGAUUUUCUUGAGGGAUACAACACGAAACUAUUCCGGAGAACUUUUCAUAGAAUCAUAGAGUUGGAAGGGGCCAUACAGACCAUCUAGUCCAACCCCCUGCCCAGUGCAGGAUCAGCCUAAAGCAUCUCUGACAAGUAUUCAUCCAGCCUCUUCUUGAAAACUGCCAGGGAAGGGGAGCUCACCACCUCCCUAGGCAGCUGAUUCCACUUUUGAACUACUCUGACCGUGAAAAAGUUUUUCCUAAUAUCCAGCCGGUACCUUUGUGCAUGUAGUUUAAGCCCAUUGCUUCGGGUCCUACCCUCUGCUGCCAACUGGAACAGCUCCUUGCCCUCCUCCAAAUGACAGCCUUUCAAAUAUUUAAAGAGAGCAAUCAUGUCCCCCCUCAACCUCCUCUUCUCCAAACUAAACAUUCCCAAGGCCCUCAGCCUUUCCUCGUAGGGCUCAGUCUCCAGACCCCUGUUCAUCCUCGUCGCUCUCCUCUGCACCCUCUCGAUUUUGUCCACAUCCUUUUUGAAGUGAGGCCUCCAGAACUGCACGCAAUACUCCAAGUAUUGUGGUGCAAAAUUUUGGUGCAAAUGAGAUUACUCUGCCUGCUGGGGCAUACGUUGUUUGUAGUCUUGUUUUUCAUUGAUUGUUUUCAUGUUUCUUGUCUUAAAUUCUUUUUUUUAUGUUGUUCAUACUUGCCUUGGAUCCCAGGAGACAGAUGGGUGUAUAAAUAUCUAUCUGAA